CGUAUUUUGUACAAAAAUUUGUUACAUAAUUUGUUUGUAUAAAAUUUUUUAGAACGCGUUCUAAAAACUACCUAAAAUUUGUACAAAAAGUGCGCAUAGUUUUACGGCGCAUCCUAUGCACGUGUGUGGUACAUAACCUGAACCAUAAACAUAAACAUUAUUACCUUUAAACGUGUAGUGGUGUAAACACUCGUUUGCUGUUGAACUUUGUAAAUUUAUUAAUAAAAUGUCCUGGUCGCGGGAACAAUGUGAAAUUUUGAUACAGGAGUAUCAAAAACAUCCCUGUCUCUAUGCUACAAAAUCAGUGUUGUACAAAAACAGGCAUGCACGACAGCAUGCUUUAGAAAAAAUAGAGGCUGUGCUGAAGGAAGUAAGGCCGUCCGUAACGAUUAACGAAAUAAAAACCAAAUUUGGUGGUUUGAAAACGAACUUCCUAAACGAAUACAAGAAAUGGAAUGUAUCCAGGCGCAGCGGAGCUGGUGACAACGAUGAUGACGAUUCUUUAUAUAAACCAACAAUAUGGUAUUUUAAAGUCAUGUUUUUCCUUCUUGAGCACUGCAAAGUGCGAUUGGCAGUCGAUUCCCUAACGGAGGACGUAGAGACAGAGCAGGAAGACACAGAGCGUGAUUCGCAAUCAUCAGAAGUGCAGGAAUAUGUCGUAGGAGAAGACGGCGUGCUCCACGAUGCAGGUGAUGAAAAUGUACAGUCACCAGACAUGUCAUUUCAAGUUGCUUCGCCUUCCUCUUCCAAUGGAUUUUACCAGCCAAAACCAAAGAAGAGGAAACUGCGGCAAGAGCCAGUGGAAGAAAAUCUCAUACGGGAAGCGUCAAAUACACUUGCAUCUAUUAAUCAGGCAAUGAAGACGAAUCAAGGCAAAAAUGAAGAAGACGAAGCGUUAGCAAAAUUUAUUAAUCGACCUUAA